CGCCAAUCCGUCACUUGCUGACAGCUGCUCUUUUCCAAUAACAGCCACCAUCUUCACUCUUGAGAUCCAGAAUAGAAUGGCUUCCUCUCCCCCAUCCGCGACGACUCUUUCGCUUCUUGAUAAGAUCGCCGACCUCAGUGACGGACUGAAGAAUGGCCGCCAGGGAGCGAGAGAGGGCCUGCUCGACGCUUGUACGAGCCUCGUCUCCGAGAUUAGCAACCCCUCGGAGAUGAUGCUGCGCUUGUUGUGGUCGCAGCCAGCACAUAUCAGUGUGCUUUGGAUGGCCGUAGAAAUCAAGCUCUUCCAGGCCAUGGAGUCUAGUCCAGAGUCUGGGGAAAUCGUGACAGACAUUGCGAAAAAGUGCGACAAUAACGUGGACCCAGUCUUGGUUGGCCGCAUGCUUCGACAUCUCGCUGCCAUGGGCACCGUUCGCGAGACGGGCCCUCAUACAUAUGCGCUUACUCCAAUUUCGAGAGCAUUUGCCGAGCCUGCGUACCAGGACUCCAUUCUGUACAUUGCAGACAACUUUGCGCCAGUACAUCAAACUUUGCCUGCGUAUUUCCGAGAGAACAACUUCAAAUCCCCAGGGUCGGGUGUCGACGGCCCGUUUCAGUAUGCCUACAAUUGCAAGGGAACCCACUAUUUUGAGUGGUUCCAAAAGCGUGAUCCCGAGAUGGGACGGCGAUUUGCCAGCAUGAUGGAGACUUGGAGUAGAGGGCGACCGCGUUGGUUCUAUGAGGAGUACUACCCGGUCAACGAGCGGCUGAUUAGCGGCGCCGAGAAGGAUACUCCUUUCCUAGUCGACGUUGGAGGCGGCUCAGGCCACGACGUCGAGGGCCUAAGGGAGGCCUUUGAGGGCCAGCUUCCGGGCAAACUCGUGCUGCAGGACAGACCAGAGAUCAUUGACAUUGCGAAAAUUGGCGCUGGCGUCGAGGGCAUGGCACACGACUUCCUGACCGAGCAACCCGUGAAGGGCGCACGGGCAUACUACUUGCACUCCAUCAUACAGGAUUGGAACAACGAAGUGAACACGCAAAUACUGAAGGCCAUUGUGCCUGCCAUGAAGAAGGGCUACUCCAAGGUUCUGGUGAACGAUUUUGUCGUACCGAAUCAAGGCGCGCACUGGGCGCAAACUUGUCUUGAUUGGGAGCUCAUGGCAAGUCUCGGAGCUCGUCAUAGGACGGAAACAGAGCAUCGACAGCUGUACGAAGGCGCAGGUCUAAAGAUUACCGGCAUAUUUCAGCACCCGAAUAGUCUUGAUUCUUUGAUUGAGCUUGAGCUUGCUUAGCAUGGGUCACUUUAGGAUAUUCGUUACUAAAUCCGGUUGACAUGAGAAGCUAUCACAACUGUGUAUACUGUUUCCCAUUCAUGAGAUCAGCGUUAUGUCCUUACGAGGAACGAAGAACGAUGACGAAUGAGAGACACUAUCGAGCUCUUACAUGGGCCAGCUGCACGACACUGUGAACGCAUGAAUGCUAUGGCAACGGAGAGGGUGAGUGGUCCACACAAUGUCAGCACAUUGUGAAGUGACAGGCUAGAACCCCCCAAGGCACAACCUCCAGAUGGAACCCAGGUCCUCAUAAGCUCUGUUCCACAGACCAAUUAGAUCUCACAAAGAACUGCAAUCCAUCGCCAUGACCU